UGUGGAGAAAAAAAAGAGUUGAUCAAGCUAAGCCGUCACGUAUAAACAAAACAACUUCCGAGUCUUUGUUUCACUUUCCCAUUCUUUUCGCCUCUCAUUCGCCGCCGCUUCCCGGAGUUCUCUCCGUCACUUCCCGGAGAUAACUCACCGGUCAACUACACAAAUUAGGGUUUCAUCCUCCCUCAUUUUCCCCCGAUUUCACCUUCAAUUUCUUCAAUUUUCCCCAAUUUCACUCUCAAUUCCUUCAAUUUUCGUCUGAUCUAAACCUCCAAUUCAACCCUACAUCUUCAAUUUCUUCAGUUCGUUCAAUUCCAAUGGGAUAUUUCACUUUAUAAGCUUCCUGUUAGCCUCACAAAACCUAAUCACCGUAGAAAACAUUUUCCAGAUCUUCAUCUUCUUAAUCAGAAUUGCAGUUAUGGCGAUCCGAUUCACUGUUUCGUACUCCGGUUACGUGGCGCAGAACCUAGCUUCCGCCACCGGAAAAACCAACACAUGCCGGAUUUUUCAAGACGUUUUCGUUCGUCCUCGUGUGUUUCAGAAGCCGGAUCGAGAUCCAGGCUCCGUCCAUCGUCCGGCAGCGUUUCCGCCGUCUGUUAGCUCCGUUUCGUCUUACGCGACGAUCGCCGGUGAGUUUUUAGGCGUUGAGAGUUAUUCUAAACCUUCGCCGCUUGUUGUAGGAUUGAUUCAUUUAAUAAAGUCAACGACCGGCGGCGGCGGUGGUGGUAGUGCCGGAGUGUUAGGUAUUUCGCCGUUGAAGGCGUCGGCGGUUAUUCCGUUUUUGCAAGGGUCGAAGUGGUUACCGUGUAACGAGAUUAAUAGUGUUGAGGUGGAUAAAGGUGGUACUAAAACAAUGAAGGAGAAUAAGCCUGUUAGUGAAUCUGUGAAGAGAUGUGAUGUUGUUGUGAAGGACAGUUGGUUUAAUAAGUUGUUGAAUGUUUGCUCUGAUGAUGCUAAGGCUGCUUUUACAGCUUUGAGUGUGAGUAUAUUGUUUAGAUCGCAGUUGGCAGAGCCGAGGUCGAUUCCCUCGGCUUCUAUGAGUCCUACUCUUGAUGUUGGUGAUCGGAUUCUGGCCGAGAAGGUAUCAUAUGUCUUUCGAAGGCCAGAAGUUUCCGAUAUUGUAAUAUUCAAGGCCCCUCCUGUUCUUCAGAAAUUUGGUUACAGUUCCGGUGAUGUAUUUAUAAAAAGAAUUGUAGCAAAAGCUGGAGAUCAUGUUGAGGUUCGAGGAGGUAAAUUGUUGAUAAAUGGUGUUGCCCAAGAUGAAGAAUUCAUAUUAGAGCCAUUAGCUUAUGAAAUGGAACCUAUGGUUGUGCCGGAAGGCUAUGUUUUUGUUUUGGGUGACAACCGUAACAACAGUUUUGACUCGCACAACUGGGGCCCGCUUCCUGUAGAGAACAUUGUAGGUCGGUCUGUGUUUCGAUAUUGGCCACCCACAAAACUGUCGGACACCAUUUAUGAAGCAAGAAGAGGUGUUGCACAUUCUUGACACGAGUCAUCCUCCCUAUCUGUAUGUGAAUCUUGAAUCUCAAUUCGUGAAUCUUGAAUUCAAGUCCUGAAUCUGGAAUCUCGAAUCAUGAAUUCUAAAUCUCGAACGAUGAAUGUUGAACGACUCCAAGCAUUGUGAAUACUUUACCUCGUUGUUUUGUGGGUAUUAAGAAUUGGACGAUUAUGUCCAUCUACUGUUUAACUGUUUUGAUGCCAAUUUGUGGCGGUUUAGGGUUUGUUUUUUCGCUGUUUGUUUCCUUUGAUUGUUAAAUUCAAUGGAACUAGUGUCCGAAUCAAAUUCAUAACCUAUUUGAUUCUCACUUAGACAAAGAUGGAUUCAUCCAUCAUGCAGUCAUGUUGUGUCAAUGUCCUGUUGAGGUAACAUUAAUAAAUUGUUUAAUUGCAUACAUUGUAUCAAUUCUUUUAUA